AUGUCAAACAAUGGAAGAUGUAGAGGUGAGAUAUAAAUAUCUAGGAUCUACAAUAUAUUAUUAGAAUAGUAGGUUGCCUAGUGACAGGGAUUUUGUGUCAAAGAUAAAGAGUUUGUUUGUGAACUGAGCGCCAGGGUAAAUAAGAUUAGACUCAAACUCUCGGUUUUUACAUUGGGAUUCGACUACCAACAAAUGGCAGCAAUUUUUGAGUUAAAGCAGGUUUGAUUGUUGAUCAUAUAUAGCUGGAUUAAGUAAUGUUGUACAUAACACUCAAAUUGCUUGGAGAAAUUUAUAUUAUUUAAUAUAAACUUUUCAAGUAUUUACGAAACCAGUGAAUAGCAAUGUUUUAACGUAUUUUGAUUGGCUCCCAUAACUCAGAAUAUCCUUGGCUAUUCACUGUUUUGCUACCAGAGCCAACAUGGCGCCUCGUUUCUAGACAUUUAUUUCAGGGAUAAAUGAAGCAGUCAUACAAUUGUCAAUUAAAACGUAAACUCUUAACUGAGUGACGUGUUUUAUUUGCAAAAAGAUAUUUUUGUUAUUUUUAUCCAACUGAUUUGGUAGAUACUAAAACAACUAUCCCCCUUAGGAGCAGUUCAUGGCGCUAGAUAUAUACCUCGACGAUUCGCGUCUUGGUAUAUAUUUCCACCACUAUUCACCUCCCCUUCGGGGGAUAGUUGUAUAGUAUUUUGUCGAGGCCACCUGUGGUUAGGAAGAUAAGGUAUCUCAAUUCUGAAAACACAAAGUGUUCAUAUGCCUCUUUGUUUGACAAUACUCAAUUUGACAUAGUGUAAAAUGAUCGAUAAUACUAUAGCUGUUUUGCUAGAGGUCGUGGCCUUCACAGUCAUAAGUGUUCUCACAAUUCCAUAUACAGUUGUAGAAGUUCAUACCCAUGAGUCAUUAUUUUGGUAAACUGAUUUUAAGACACUAGGACAUUCUUCUAAGGCAUUUACCUUACAUGAUUUUUUUUAACUCAAACUUAUUUCACAGGCCAACUCGUUCUUACAGCAUAUGUCAAAAAAGGAUUUGGAGGGGCAAUGGUCUUUCCCUUCAAGUGUUGUGGUUGCUGGACUGUUGAGAUUGAUUAUAAGAGUAGUUACCUUACCCAAGAAUCCAGACGACAGUUAGUGUCCUUGGCCAUCUCGUUAGCCUUUUUAUUGGUGGGCAUGGUUAUGCUGGGUACAGAAAGACCUUAGGAAGAGGAUUAGGAUAGGGAAUCGUUUCAGAGAAGCCUCUCUUAGAAGUUUGUUCAUUUGUGAUGAGGAACUCUGGCAGGGGACAGCCCAGUCAGCUGAGGGGCAUCUCAGUGGAGUGCUAUGGGCCAAAGCCAAAGAAGAGGGGCUAA